CGUUCAAUUCAGACGGUACAAUGGCCAUGGUAUCAGAUCUUGCGCUUGUUCUUGUGGCUGGACUUGCCAUAUCUUUACAUAUGCAACAGGCGGGGGCAGUUAAGUUUGAUAUACAAAACCAGUGCGGGUACAAAGUUUGGGCGGCAGGACUACCAGGAGGAGGGCAGCAGCUUGACCAAGGUCAGACAUGGACCGUCGAUGUGCCGGCAGGGACAAAGGCGGCAAGAUUCUGGGGCCGAACUGGCUGUUCUUUCGAUGCGAGCGGCCGAGGAACCUGUCAAACUGGUGACUGCAACGGCCAACUGAGCUGCCAAGUCUCGGGGAGCGUUCCGACCACGCUGGUCGAGUACACCCUAAAUGGAGAUGGCAACCAGGACUUUUACGAUGUCUCCCUGGUUGACGGCUUCAACGUUCCUCUCUCCAUCAAUCCUACAAAUGGACAGUGCACUGCCCCUGCAUGCAAAGCCGACGUGAAUGCUGCUUGCCCUGCUGAAUUGAAGGUGAAUGGUGGAUGCAAUAGUGCCUGUACUGUCUUUCAAACUGACCAGUAUUGCUGCAGAGGUUCCUAUGUCGAGAACUGCCCCGCCACAAACUACUCGAUGAUGUUCAAGAACCAGUGCCCACAGGCAUACAGUUAUGCUAAGGACGAUUCUUCCAGCACUUUCACCUGCCCCUCUGGUACCACCGACUAUAGUAUUGUAUUCUGUCCCUAGAUAUAUAUAGGAUCAUCAUAGUCAUUAUAACCUCCAAAUAAU